GAAGGUGUGUUUCCGGAAAACGUGGCUGUUGCUGCAGUGGUGGCUGUCAUCUGGAGUUUAACACUUCUUAGAUGAACACUUAAAAAUUGUCUUUUACGCUCGGUGGUCGAGUUAAUUGCCAAGAUGAUUUCUCUAACGGACUCACAAAAAAUCGGAAUGGGAUUAACAGGCUUCGGCGUGUUUUUCCUCUUCUUUGGGAUGAUCCUGUUCUUUGACAAAGCACUCCUGGCGAUUGGGAAUAUCCUGUUUGUUGCAGGACUGGCCUUUGUCAUUGGCCUAGAAAGGACCUUUCGUUUCUUUUUCCAAAAGCACAAAAUGAAAGCCACCGGUUUCUUCCUAGGGGGUGUGUUUGUGGUACUAGUCGGCUGGCCCAUUAUCGGUGUCGUGCUGGAGAUAUACGGCUUUUUCCUCUUGUUCAGAGGCUUCUUCCCUGUGGUCAUCGGCUUCAUCAGAAGAAUACCUGUCCUUGGCUCCAUCCUGAACCUGCCCUUCAUCAGUGCAUAUGUGGACAAAGUGGGCGAAAGCAACACGAUGGUAUAACACAGACAUCUUUUACGCAAGGACGGCUUUGUUUGAACAUAAAAGGUUUUUACACAGCAGCAAAAUCUGCCAUGGGGCCGUUUUGAAGUUGCUGUGGUGAUACAUACAGAUCACGACUCCCUCCUGCAGACGGAAGAUGAAGAAAGACUGUUACGUCGCUGGUCGCCACUGCUGAUUCAUAGUUCAUUGUACCACAAUCUGUUACUCAAAUUCUGUGUGAUGAGUUCCCCAUUGAGUGAAUCUUUUCAUGACGUGGAGGAUUGACGGCAUCCCGAAAGCAUUAGAGGUGACGUGAUCACUAACGUGGAGCUUUAAAUCUGAAACUUUGUGCCGCAAAUAUUGCCAUCUUGUCCUUUUUGUGCCUCCUCUGGUGCAUACACUGAUUAUUUUAUCGGAACAUCCAACCCACACAGUAUCAACCAUCAAGCGUAAAUGUGCACACAUUCACAAGGAUAUGCACUUUUCGCAUCAUUAGCCCCUUUUCCACCAACAGUUACAGGAACUUUAUUUACCUGGGCAAAAAUAGUUCUUGGUAAUCUGUGUGCUUUGCAUUUCAAAUGCACCCGAAAGUUCAGGGUAAUUUAUACAAAUUGGGCUGAUGACGUACGGGGUAUUGUUUUACAUAAACCCGUUUUCCACCAAACUCCUGGGAACUGUUUUUUUUUUAUUUUUUAUUUUUUUUUUACCUGGGUUGUAAAAAACAUUCUUGGUAGUCUGCGUGGCUUGCAUUUCCACCGCACCUCAAAGUUCAGGGUAAUUUAUACGUAUCAGGCUGACGCCCCCUUCGUCACAUAUAUUUUUACAUUAGCCCCCUUUCUACCCAAAUUCCAGGAACAUUUUUACAAAGGAGUAUCUGAAAUUUACGAGAAUAAAGUUGUAAAUGUACGAGAAUAAAGUUCUAAAUUUACGGGGGAAAAGUUAUAAUAUUACGAGAGAAAAAAAGCCAGAGUAUUACAAGAAUGAGGUCAUAAAUUUACGAGAAUAAAGUCGUAAUAUUACGUGUCAUAUGUAUCAGAGGGAAAAUAGAGCAUAGGUCAUCAGGAAGGAAGGAAGGAAACUUUCCUCUUGCUUCAGGCAAGCUUUUAUUUAUAAUGUGGCAGCAUGUCUAGCCCUUCUCGCUUCUGCCAUCGUUAUCCCGCCCCCUUCAUAUGCCCAAAGCCAAAGGUCACAUAAGUCCCCCCUUUUCAUAUCUGUCACAGGCAAUGCCUGUUGCGACGGAGUAUUAAAAUAAUUUGAGAUUUCGAGAAUAAAGUCUUAAAUUUACAAGAAUAAAGGUUGUAAAAGGUUGUAAAAAGGUUGUAUAUUUACCCAAAAAGUUGGAAAUUUACAACUUUAUUCUCUUUGUUGUAUUUUUUAAUACAUUUGUUCAUAUUUUUUUGUCUUUCAAUUUGGCCCUGAUGCUUUGUCGUACUUUUUAACUCGGCCGGGAAAAAAUGUAAGAAAAAAUGAUUAGUAAUAUGUGUUCAAAGUUCAGCGUAAUAAACAAAAUAAGUUGACGACCUAUGGGGGAGUGGUAUAUUUUUACUUUGGGUAAAAAAAAAAAAAAGUUCUCUGACAUAAAAUUUCCUGGGAAUUUGGUGGAAAAGCGGCUCUUGUCAGAAGGAGGAAAUGUUAAGCUCUACGGAAAGUUUUUCUCCCGAGUAAUUUUAGUGGAAGAGAGAGUUUUCAAAAUGAGAAAAAUUCAUGCGGUGGAAAAGAUGCUAAUUGUAUGUUUUAAAGUUGGAGGCUGUGUAAAUUUCUUCUCAGUGUGAACUCGCUUAUGUACUCAAAAGUACAGCAGUGCGCUGAAUGAGACAACCAGUGUAAGUUGGGAUUCAUUGUGAUAUUUUGGCAAAUUAAAUGAAUGACAUUGCAGUAGGUUGGUAUAA